AAUAAACAAUACUUUUAUUUGUUGACCCAUUUUGUUGACAUCACGUGACUCGUUGUCGUCAUAGCGACAAAAUGGCGGCGCGACUCAAGUGUAGGAAUUUUGGAUGCGAUCAGGAGUUUACCGAAGAUGACGGACAAGAGUGUAGAUAUCAUUCGGGAGAACCGUUCUUUCACGACGCGUACAAAGGCUGGACGUGUUGUCAACAAAAGUCAACGGAUUUCACGACUUUUCUCUCUUUCAAAGGCUGCAAAACUGGUUUUCAUUCUUCAGUCGAACCGAAAGCCAAAACAUUGUCACAAAAGACUGUUCCAAAACCGCCGACAACAACACCAACUGUCCAACCAAUCACAGCUCAAGAUGACGUUUUCGAAUGGAAACCUGUUUUGGUCAGAGAAACCAAAUCUGUCGCCGAUUUUCCGGCCGACAAAACAGUYGAAAAGCGCCCGAAAGUGUGCCGAAAGUGCGGUCGCGCGGAAGCGUCUAUCGGGACGACGGAAUGCGUUUAUCAUUCGGGAAAAUGCAUAUUUCACGAAACCCUGAAAUACUGGACGUGUUGUCCGCACAAGAAAUUUACCGAUUUUGAUGACUUUGAGGCAUUUACGGGCUGUCAAUCGGAUCCGAAGCACGAGAUGUCAGUCAUUGAAGCGAAAGUUCGAGAAGAUUGGUUCCAAACGUCGGAUUCGAUUCAUAUUGUUUUAUAUGGAGUGAAAUGCGCGCGAUCUGACAAUUCAAAAGUCAAAUCCAAUGGAAAACAAUUGGAAGUCGAUUUCAGAAACGCAGAAAACGAUUCGAUUUACGCCAAAACCUGGACUCUAAACGGCGGAAGUGUUCGACCCGAAGAGUCGGUCGUUGUUUGCGAAAGAACUAAAGCCGAAAUACGUCUUCGAAAACGUAUUCAAAAACAAUGGAUUCAAUUAUAACUCGUUUUUAGAAUAAAUCGUUUAUUGAAUUAAUUUUUC